AUGACGACAAAUGAGCUGCCAGCCCUAAAAAUUUAUUGGGAUGGUACAAUAUUAUCGACUCCGGGUGGAGUUGAUUAUGUUUCCGGUAAAUCAGAACUGGUUGAGCUGACGAGUGUAGUGAAUUUUGCACAACUACAAGUCGUAAUUAGAAGGGUAAUUGGGCUGAAGGAUGGUGACGAGAUAGUGAAGAUUUAUCUACGAGUGCCUCGGUUCGAUGAACAUGGAAGAUUUCAAAAAUAUGAUGGUUUUCCUAUGGAGACAGAUGUUCAUAUGCAAGCAAUACAGUGGAUGAGGAAGAAGGGUAGGCCGGUUGAGAGUAGGCGUAGGAAUGAAAUGGACCAGACAUUUAGGGACAGGCGGAAUAGCAACUAUUGUAGAAGAUGUCUUACAUAUGCCAUGGCAGCUGCUCACGAUCACAUGCAGCCAGGUCCUGAAAGACCGGCGCUACUUUUUUUACAGCAUGACCAUAUCUCUCAGGAUGUCUGGGAUGGCACGGUAACUUACGUUUGCAUCUUAUUUUUUGUCAACAGUUACGUGUGUGGGACGACCGGCUCUCACUACAUUCGUGUGUGGGACGACCGGCUCCGGUUUGUAAUUUCAGGACAGCCCCUACAGGACCCACCUCAUUAUCAUUCCGAGUAUAUGGAUUGGUUUCGGUAUGUCACGCGUCGCUGGAUCACACGACAGGGCGCUGAGCUCGGAGCACAGGCCGAUUUUGUGGAGCGUGUACGUAGGGAUGCUCCUGUUGACACUGAGCUUCGGCGGUUCGCAGCCAGCACACAGAGAGGCACUAGAGAGGACCGCCGUGAUGUUACAUCGCCCCCUAUCGAGCCUUCUAUACCGCCGCAUCGACUACCAGUCAUACCUGACGCGCUGAUAGAUCCGACUACACUGCGACAUCGACGGCGAGAGCGGCGUCACCCCCCUGCACCACCUCAGCGUCCGACCGAUCCUAUGCCUCUCCCAGUGGUUUUUCAUCCUUUCAGAGGGCAUUACUAUUACGCGGGGUCCAGCUCUGCACCGCCACCCUUUUCAUCGGGUCCUCCUUCUUCUUCUGGCCAGUUUUACGGGGAUUCGGCACAUCACUAUUUUCAGGGGUCGUGUUCAUAUCCAGUGCCACCAGGACCUUCUUCGCCUUUUGUUCCACCGCCGCCUGCUUAUGUACCACCUACGGUGCCUCCUUUUCAGGUGUAGUGGGAUCAGCCUACACAGGGUACACAGGACUUUCCAGCUUCACAGGGACUUCCACAGACACCUGGGACUACAGACUUUCUGUCAUAUGGUAGCAGUUGGUUAGGUCUAGACAGCAUGGAGGCGAUGAUGUUCCGCCAACAAGGAGAAUUUGUUACCCCGCCACCAGCAACGACGAGUACGGCCAUUCCCCAGGACCAGCAGGGUGACAACGGAGCCGACGACGAGGACGCCGAUGCAGGAGAGGGAGAUGGUGAUGGUCGCCCAGGUCGACGUUACCUCACCAUCAGUACAGGCCGUCGGGCGAACCGUAACAGAAACAACUUGCACUCGAACCUCCCGGUCACUAGCAGAUAUGACGAUAGGACUCCUAGGUGAUUUCUUUUUUGUAC